AUGUCUUCGAGUUCGACUCAAAAUCAUUCCAUACAACGGCCGAAAAAUCAUGUUUUAAGUGUUCCAUCACAAUAUAGACAACGACGUUCCUCCACCGAUGAACUCGCUGCUUUGGGUACUGUUGCUGAUGCAACCACAGAAUUAAGUAGGCCCCCUACACAGAAUGAGAUUAACAGUCUGCUAGCAUCUAUCAGUGAGGAUUCCUCUGAGCCUGAACCAGUAUCUUCUUCACGUAUGCAUGAUUCUGUGUCGACUUACAAUCCAGAGUCACAUUCAAUAGCAGCCUAUCAAAGCACAUCUCUGAAGCAUGUAUCCAAAGACGUGAAUUCCAGUAAAAUUGCAGAUACUUCACCUUCUUCUGCUGCUGUUUCUUAUUCGCAUACAUCUUCCGGAAUGACUUCGUCAGCUGUCUCUCCGGCACAUCCUGAAGCUGCUGCCUUAUCAUCAACUUCACAGGCAUGUCCAGUCCCUUUGGAUCUUGAUAGAUCGCGUUCAGUCCGAGGAUUGUCUGUUCAACACGACGAAGAUAGGAGUAAUGGUGCUUCUGUAAAUAGUCCGCCGGAGAGCAUUCAAGCGUAUGCUUUGCUUGAUUUUGAGAACUUCACCUUUUAUGUGCAGACUAUGCAAAUAUUAUUGGGAAGAAUGGUGGAUGGUGAUAAGAGUACCGAUGUCCUUGAUAUCCACCUGGGGCCUCAAAAGGCAAUUUCCAGAAGACACGCAAAGAUAUUCUAUAAUUUUGGACAUCAAAGAUUUGAGAUGACGGUUCUGGGAAGAAAUGGUGCAUUCGUGGAUGAUACAUUUGUUGAGCAAGGUGUCACACUUCCUUUAAAAAAUGAUACUGGAAUUCAGAUUGGUGAAACCAGAUUUCGCUUCAUUCUGCCUGGAGAAGAUGGCUCGAUGAGUUCAAGUGCAACUACUCCUGGAGCUGCUGAGGGAGAGCGUAGUAGUAUUAGCAACGUCGCUGAAGUCCCUAUGAAUCCGUCUCAGGCUGCAGAUCUAAAAGCUGCAUUUACAGACGAGAAGAAACGAAGUGAUAAGUUGAUGGCAGGUGCCAUUGAAGGUCAUAGCUUUUCUGAUGAAAAGGGUAAUCGUGACAAAUCCAGCAUAGAGGGUAAUUAUACGGACAAUAAAUUGGGCGACGCAACUACCAUGGUUCGUUCGACUUUUAAUGCUCAGGAUUUAAAGUCGUCACCACAGCCAUUAAGAAAUUGUGAUGACCAAGAUCAUAAAUCUGCCACGGAUUCAAGAUCUACCAUAACGCAGGUAACAAUGCUAGGAUUGGCAGAUGCCCAUGAAGCUCAAGCAAAAGCCAUUGCAGAGAAUGAAGCAUUUGCUAUCAAAAAAGGAUACUUGCCUGCUAAUUGGCAGCAUCAGGCUGUUGGAGAUUCUGCUCAUCAAACGCAGACACAAACACAGGGAGGUAUGGCUGUGUCGAAGAUUUCUAGUAAUUUGCUAGUAAAUCUUUCGGAUGCUGGUAAUGGAAGUAGUUCGCAGAUGCCUAGGAAAGAAAAACGAAGAUCCAAAAAAAGAAUUUACAAGCCAGAGGAAAUUCCAGAACCUUAUAGACAAAAGCCGGGUUAUUCGUAUUGUACAAUGAUAAUCGAGUGUUUAAAGCAAAGAGCCACGCCGCGCGGUAUGACUCUUUCGGAAAUAUACGAAGGAAUAAGGGAAAUGUAUCCAUAUUACAAGUUCUGCUCAGAGGGAUGGAGAAGCUCCGUUAGGCAUAAUCUUUCCACUAAUCAAUGUUUCCGUAAGGUCGCAAGGGAUGGUAAAGGAUGGUUUUGGGGCUUAACCGAAAGUGCGGAAGAGAGAGAGAAGCAAGAGAUAAGAAAGCAAAAAUUGAAAGAAGAAAGGAAGAGGCGUCACCGUCAAAGGCAAGAAGAGCUAUCGAAGUCAUCUUCACUUCCCCAAAAAGAUUCGUUGUCUUCACCAUCAUUACAUAAUGGUCCUUCGACGGAUAAAAAGAUCAGCACUUCAACGUCCUCCUCAAAGCUUUCCGGAGAUACUAAAAGGGCGUUGGGAUAUUUACAGAAAGAACUUGUUCGGCUUACUAAAGAUAGAAAACUGUAUGACAGAGGUACAACGACACAAAUCUUGACUCAGGCACUUGCAAUGACUAUUGCCCAGGUGAAUCAGGCCGCUAAGAAUGCAGGAAUCAAAGGUUCGCCUCUGCUAACGUUGAUCAAUAAGAACCCCGGACACGUUACGAAGAUUUUAAGUGCCGCUUUGAAUGCAGCUACCAUUCAGAUAGCAAGAAAGAAAGGAUUACCUGUCCAUUUACCUCCACGUAACAAGGCUGGUUCUCCAACAAGCAAAAAGCAAAGUGCAUUGCACGCAAAGUCUACGAAUAUAACAGUGAAAAAAGAGGUCUCGGUAGAGAACUCAAGAUCUUCGUCGAAUGGUGUGAGUUCUGGAAAAGUUCCUACUGAGUCAGCAAAAGAUGUCAUUCCUGGAAGUUCAACUACAUUGAAGAAUGCGUCCUCUGCCUCUCCCCACCCGAUUCCACAUCUGCUCACUCCACCAAAUAUUAAACCUAUGAAACCGUCAUCAUCAUCGGAAAUGCAUAAAGUUGGGGAGCAGCCGGCUGGAAUAAGAAAGCCUAAAUACUACAGUAAGCACUCUGGCCCUGCCAUGUUUAGACCUAUAUCCAAGCCUGCUCCAUAUAUGCAUGAUAAGGAAGUUGGGGUGAAAAAAGUUGUGCAAGCCAAAACUCUUCCCUCAGAAUUUCUGAAAUUUGCACAUCCAAGUCCUCCUGUAAAGUUUGUGAAGACCCAAUAUGAAAAUCAUGAUGAUGGCAAGGUUGAUAAGGAGCUGGACAUGAUGAUGAAAAGCUUAGAAGAUCCAGCUGAAUCAGGUAAGAAAGAUGAUGAAAAUGUGUCAGGAAAAAGACCUUCAGAUGAGGAAUCGGAUAGGCUUCAUAAAAUACAGAAGAAAUAA